AUGUCCUUCGAUAGAGACCCCGAACAGACUCCUACCAUCUUGACGUCCCAACCACUCCGGCCAUCCCAAUAUGCUACGCCGAUCGACCACACCAACUUCUCAUCGAAUAUGUCUCCGUCUCCUUCGAGAGACUCCGUUAUCGCCCGCAUCCAGAUACAGUCGACACAAAUUCCGAAGGCGUGGGUAUCCCCCAUCUGCGGCGCCGGCGCCGGCUUUGCUUCGGGCAUUGUCACUUGUCCUCUCGAUGUGAUCAAGACCAAGCUUCAAGCGCAGGGCGGAUUUACCCCGAGGCUGCAGUCUAAGAAUCCAUAUGGCAGCAUCCAACAACCAUACAAAGGCAUCAUUGGCACUGGCAGCGUCAUAUGGCGGGAAGAAGGAAUCCGUGGCAUGUAUAGAGGCUUAGGCCCCAUGCUAUUGGGCUAUCUACCAACAUGGGCGGUCUAUCUGACGGUAUAUGAAAAUACCCGAGAGUUCUGGUACGAUCAAUGUGGCAGCUGGUGGGUAGCUCGCUGCUAUUCGUCGCUCACCGCCGGCGCCUGUUCCACCAUCUUGACAAACCCCAUCUGGGUCAUCAAAACUCGGUUGAUGUCCCAAUCCAACAAAUCCGCUACUGCCAGUGACGGAAUGCGUGCCCCCUGGCAUUAUACUUCUACAAUCGAUGCCGCUCGCAAAAUGUACCGCACCGAGGGGUUUCGAUCUUUCUACUCUGGCCUGACCCCGGCCCUGCUAGGUCUCACUCACGUCGCAGUUCAAUUUCCCCUGUACGAAUUCUUCAAGAUGAAAUUCACCGGAUUCGGCAUGGGUGAGCAUCCACCCGAGGACAGCACCUCGAAUUGGCUCGGUAUCUCUGCCGCCACAUUUCUGAGCAAAGUCUGUGCGUCGACCGCCACCUACCCUCACGAGGUUUUACGCACUCGUUUACAAACGCAACAACGCAGAUCGGCGCUUACAACGUCAGACGGCAUGAAAGUACAAGCGCGCUACUCGGGCAUCUGGCAUAUGUGCAAGGUCAUUCUCAAAGAGGAGGGCUGGCGUGCAUUCUAUGCGGGCAUCGGCACAAACCUCAUCCGCGCGGUGCCGGCGGCCAUGACCACCAUGCUAACCUACGAAUGGUUGCGUAAUGUUAUUACUCGAGCGCAGGAAAAGGGCGAAGAGCUGAAGAAGUCGGCUGACGAAUAUCCUGUAUGA